AGAUGCAUACCACCAUAUAUUCAUUGUCAAUUAUUACAGCAUUUACCAAGGACAACCCUCAGUACGAUAUUUGAAUCAUCUGCAAAUUUGUUAACUAUGGAGCUAGCAAGGCGUAACAACGGCUUCCGCAAGGUUGCCAAGUGGAUUGUUGGCGCAGUUGUUGUGGCAGGUGCUAGCAGUGUCAAUGUCCUAUGCGAUGAGGUUUCGGAACCACAGGAGGCUGAAGUCGCUAAAGUGAAUACUGAGAGUAAUCUGAAAAAACAAGAUGAGGAGAUACGAGAAAUCAUGAAAGAUGAAUUUAACGAAGUUAUAGGUAGACUUCCACAUGACCCUGCUGCAGUGGCCAUUGUGAACUCAAGGGGCAAGUCCUUUACAAAUCAAGACAUUUAUGAAUUGAUAGAUCACGAUAUAUUUCUUGGCUUUUUGUCCAUAACGUUAACUGAGGAUCAGAAACAAAGAGUCCGGGAACGUAUAGUAGAGUUAAACAGACAAGAAAUGUUGGACGCCAUAUCCUUUUUCGACCAGUUACUAUCAGAACUACCUGCUGAACUCGCCCAAGAAGCAUCAAAAUACAGUUACCUUAGUGAACUACCUGAAGACCUAGCCAAUGCAGUUAAAAACUAUGUCAAGGCUCUUAACGAUAGAAUUGAAGAACAGAAAAGCAAAAUAAGGGAGGAAGAAUUGCAAAAAGUGGUUGACAAAAUGCAGAAGGAAGGAAAGCAAAACAUGGGGAAAGCGGGAAAAAUGAACGGACCCAUGCCACCAAUGAACGAACCCAUGCCACCAAUGAACGGACCCAUGCCACCAAUGAACGGACCCAUGCCACCAAUGAACGGACCCAUGGCACCAAUGAACGGACCCAUGGCACCAAUGAACGGACCUAUGGCACCAAGUGAAAAAGAUACGCAACAUAAUGGAAUUAGAGAUGCAGACAUAACCGAUGGUUCAAUGGGUAAGAAUCCAUCAGAAAACGAAGAUAAAAAAACGAAAUCCAAGCCAUGGUACAAAUUUUGGUGAUUAAUUGAACAGGUCAUGCCGUUUACUAAUGGUAACAGUAUUGAAUGAUAGUGUGGAUUCCAUGGCGCUAGAGACAGAGCUCUCAAAGAAGGAAUAAAACAAUUGGUUCACGCCAAUA